AUGGCGACUCCUGAUCCAGCACACGACGGUCUAUCGGCCGAAGAGCUUCGGGACGAGCGAUACAUUGCAGCGGUGUGUAGGACUGCACGCCUCCGAAACGCAGAGAUCUCCAAGAAGCGCGAGCGAUUGCGUCGAGAGGUUCUUGGGAUCCAACAGCGAUUCCACGGUCUCGAGGCUCGAUAUUGGCACGACUACCAGGCACGCCUCGCAAAGAUUGCUGAAGACAACCCAAAGUGGUCCACACGCAAAUGGAUCAGCGCGUUCGGCGAAAACGAAAAGCAACUCGCAGAGGCCUUAGUGAAACGCCAGGACAAGCUUCGAGAGGAGAACCGGCUCAAGCAGGAGGAGUUGGCGACCGCCGACAGCGAGUUUUGGAGCGCGUGGAGCAAGCACGUGGACUUCAUGAGGGGGCUGACACCACGGACACCGCUGCCUCCAUCCUCAGGCUCGACACCUGCUGCGAAGGUGCCUGGUGUUGCCCCUCGGCCUGCAGACAACCAAGCAAGCAGUGCUUUACCUGCAACCCACAGCAGUGGCAAUCAUGGUCCGCACGGAUCGGCUAUGCAAUCAGCGAACGGUCAGAAGCAGAAUGUAUCCGGCAAAUCCAGUGCAGCAAGCCAGUCUCUGCCCAAGAUGUCGACCACCGCAAGGAAAGCCACGAAUUCUCAAGGCCACAGCAUCAGCCAGGCCACACGAGGACUCAGACGUUGCGAUGCAGCCGGCUCGAAGCGCCAGCCCCCUCUCUGCACCAACCCCCCUUUCUCAUGUGUCAUCACCUGA